AUGUCUGCACUCAUUCUCAUGGGCCUGAUGCCCAGAGGGGAUGAAAGCUCCCUGGCAGCACGGCUAUACAGCUCCAAGGAACUGGACAUCGAUCCCCUGCCGGAAAACCACAGACGGGGGUUGAUCGCCAUUUCAGUAAUGGCCUUGCUAUCCCUCCUCGCAACGGCAACUCUUUUAGGCUUCAUCACCUACCGACUGGUCUUCUGGCGCGGCAGUUAUACCCGAUACAUUGGUUACAACCAGUAUAUUAUCCUGAUCUACAACCUCGUUUUGGCCGAUUUCCAGCAGUCGCUUGCGUUCAUUAUUUGUCUACGAUGGAUUUUCACCGAUAAAAUCAAAUCCGGGACUCCCGGGUGCUUCCUCCAAGGGCUUUGGCUGCAGAUCGGAGAUCCCGGCAGUGGUCUGUUCGUGCUCGCCAUCGCCUUCCAUACAUUCCUUCUGGUCGUCUGGGGACGAAAGAUGUCCUACCGAUUCUUCAUUGGCUUCGUUGUCGGCGUGUGGGCCUUCGUGGCUCUCAUGGUGAUCAUCCCACUGGCCAUGUAUGGCGGUGAUGUCUUCGUGCCCUCUGGCGCCUGGUGCUGGAUUAGCGAGGAAUACGAAACCACCCGUCUAUGGACUCACUACAUCUGGAUUUUCGUCGCCGAGUUCGGCACAGUGGCCCUCUACGCCGUCAUGUAUCUUCAGCUGCGUCGACAGAUCGCCGCCUCGUCCAUCCUCGGAAACAGCCAACUGGAGAGUCUGAAGCGUCUGCGCCGCGUCGUCGGAUACAUGACCAUCUACCCCACUGUCUACAUUGUGCUUUCGCUCCCUCUCGCCGCCGGCCGCAUGGCUACUGCCAACGGAGACUCUCCCAGCCUGACCUUCCUCUGCUGUGCCGGUGCCAUCAUCACCAGUUCCGGCUUGGUCGAUGUCGCUCUGUACACACUCACCCGCCGCGCCCUGAUCAUCGACACCGAGCCGAGCCACGACCGCUCCUACAACAAGUUCAACAGCAGCAAGGGCAAACGCGGCGACACCCAUCUGACCACCAUCACCGCGGACCCCAAGCGCAAGAUGGGCAACGGCACUUUCAACGACGAUCUCGACGGUUCGACGGACAACAUUGUCUCCCCGAGCCCCCAUGCCAUGGAGCACGGCCACGAAAUGGCCCCGAUUGGAAAGGUGUACCAAGAGACUACGAUCGAGAUUACACACGAGCCUGCGUUCCCCGACGAGGGUGCCAGCGACCGUUCCAGCAAAGAGGAUUUCCCCUCUGAAAUGCCGCCUCACAAUCAAUGGCGUCGAUGA